CCAUGUUGUCGCAGAGAGCCAGCUUCAUUGGAAUUUGAAUAACGCCUUAUCUGCUCUAUAGCCUGUACUAUCUCCCACUAUCUCCGAUUCACAUCUACAAUACAAAAUCUUAUUGAGUUCAUUUGUCACCAUGGACUCCCACCAAUCAUCAGACGCGCACCCUCGAGGCUCAACAACAUUAAUGGAGAUACUCCACUGGGAUAAGCUCUUUGAAUCGGAUGCGCCCCCCAGACUUGGAAUUGAAGUCGGAAGACGUCUACCCUACACCGCCAUGUCGGCCUUCUCAGUUGGUAUGAUCAUCGGGUCGUCUCACGGAAGUAAAAAGUCAGCAUAUCGCUUCCGUGCCGAGAACGCUCAUCGCUUUCCGACGACAUCGACCGGAUGGUUCCAAUACCACAAAACGAAGAACUACACGGCAAUUGUUGGGGGAGUCAAAGAGGGAAUGAAAAUGGGAUUAAAACUAGGCUUCGGUGCACUUGCAUUCUGUCUAUUCGAAGAAACAGUGGAUUAUGCCCGGCAUGACCGGAGAGACUUCCUGUCUACAGUGACAGCUGGGUUAUCAUUCUCUGGCAUCUACAGUUUGUUAGCUCGUCACGAUGUUUACACUGCUGCUCGCACGACAAAACUUGGGCUGAAGCUGAGUCUGGUGUACGGACUUAUGCAGGACGCUCUAGAAUCUUUGAAGGGCAAUCGACCUGCUUACGUUAAUUUCCUUCUGGGAAAUCGCCGGUCGAAGACGGAAUGAAGAUUCGACGUAUUUGACCAACGAGUCGUGAUCUCUGUGCCGAUGUCCUAAUUGGUCUAGAGUCGAUAGGAUGUGAUACACGCUGACGUGCUCCCCGUCUACCACCGGGCCACAAAACCGUACGGAAACCUGCUGUAAGCAAUGGUCCCGAAUCGGCAAGGUCUUUUGGGUCAAGCGCCGCCCCCUCGCACUGGCCCAACGCAACACUCUCCAUUCCUCUCUAUACGCACCUAGCUCUCGCCGGGUCACAGGUAGUCGCUGCCGCUCCCUGAGAUGGGAUCUUGCCAUAACCCUCCGGACCGAAUCUGUAGUGACCUAGCGAUGAGGCUGAAUUCAUGCAUUGAUUGUCGUAACAGCGAUUCAAUGAGAACGGGAAAAGCGGAUCUGAAAUACCGGCGUCAAUAUUGUUUCUAACAGACUUACUACUAGUAGCUUACUCUACCUAAUGCGUGGAAGCUACUACUAAUUGAGGAGAAGUGGUGUACCAAUCACCACCUAUGAUAAAAAGGUCUUUCGUUGCCUUAGGUAUCAAUGAUAAAUUGUAUGGGAUGUCAGGUGAAAUGGGUGGCCCCUGCGCUGUCCCGCUGUCAUAUUGGAUAUUAAUCCAUAGUACUCCGUAGAGGAAAAAUGUAUCUUUAGUUGAUGGGAGAGGAAAGGGUUUGCGAGGGAGUUCCUUUUGGAAUAUAUACUGGUAGAGGAAAAAGUAAGAAUAAAUCGAAUUAAAUCGAAA